GCAAGGGCCAGUUACAUUUGAGGAGUCUGAACGCAAUGGAAAGAGGUCUCAAACUCUCAGAACAAAGGCAGGUGAGAGUAAGGGCAGAGAAGCUGGGAAUGCUUUAUAUGAUUUCCUUUCUGUUUGUUAGAGGGAGCAUGGACAUUUUGUAUUGAAAUGUAUUAAUUUUUAUUCCCUUUUUAGGCUAGUUCCUGGGUGACAGGUGUCUCAGUAGCUCUCUGGAAUGAGAGCACUCAGGAUGGGCACCCCGGCCUCUGUGGUAAGCGAGCCGCCCCCAUGGCAGGCCCCGGCUGAGGCCCGGGGCCGCAAGCAGGCAUCAGCCAACAUUUUCCAGGAUGCUGAGCUGCUGCAGAUCCAGGGCCUAUUUGAGCGCAGUGGGGACCAGCUGGCCGAGGAGCGGGCACAGAUCAUCUGGGAGUGUGCAGGAGACCACCGUGUGGCAGAGGCCUUGAGGAGGCUGCGUAGGAAGAGGCCUCCCCGGCCGAAACCCCUGGGCAACUCACUGCACCACUGCAGCCGGCUCAGAAUCCCCGAGUCCUGUGCUCCACUGGCCGACCCACAGAGUGGUACCACAGAGACAGCUUCUGAUGAUCAGUAUCUGAACUCCAGAAGGACAAGUGCCAGGAUCCGCCGGAACUGGAAGAAGCCAGGCCCUACAAGCUACCUCCAUCAGAUCAGACACUGAUCCAGGGAAGGGGCUGGCAAUGGCAGUAUCUUCCCCAGGAAUCACAGGGAUUUUUGCCAAAGGGCCCAGGAGGUGAAGAAGGAAGAGAGAUUUGAGGCAGACACCCCCACAGGGGUAAAUGAAAGAUUACAGCCCAUUCAGAAGAGGACUGGAAAUGUCCCCUGAGCUCUAGGUUAUGUGGGACCCAUUCCUCACCAGAAUGAGAAACAGCGCCUCAGCUCUUCCCAUCUUACAGUAUACCUGGGCUGCAUGAUACUUCCCUGAGGGUCACGUGAUGGGCACUCGGACUGAGCAUCUCACCACUCUUGCUACUAACCCUCCUGCUCCUCCUGUAACCCAUGGUCCAGCAGCCGGCCCACACCCCACCCCUGUCCGGUUAGCACAAGGAAACCAUGGUUUAAGUGGCAAAAUAAAAACAUUCAUAUCAACA